GGGUCUUGUAUCGCAUGAGAGUCUACCAGUACGUCCAACGUUCUCUAGCACAUAACAGUGAAUCAUUCACUACAAUAAUUCGCAAAAAUUAAUAACAAAUCGUCAAAAGUAAACGAUAAAUCAUCAGUGACUGGAUUGGCUACUCAGGAGUUACUCGUCAGUGUCUGCAGUCUCAAUUAUUAAUCACCGGUUCGACUGAUUAAAAAUGGCGGAGCUGAAGCAGUUCAAGAGGUCGGAGAUUAAAGAGACCGAGUCUAAGAAAACGAGGUUUAUUAUUCACGACAAAGUUUACGAUGUAACGGCAUUUUUAAAUGAACAUCCCGGUGGUGAGGAAGUGCUCCUCGAUCAUCAUGGUAAGGAUGCAUCUGAGGAUUUUGAUGAUGUUGGACAUUCCACGGACGCUAUGGCCAUCAUGGAGAAAUAUCUAGUUGGGGAGAUUGUCGCCGAGGAGAGGACAAACAGUAAACCGAAACAGGGAUGGGUAGCUGGACAAGGGAAACCAGAUGAUGCUAAUUCGUCCGACAAUUUUUAUCUGUACGUCGUUGGUGUCAUAGCACUUAUUAUCGGUUUCUGGUGGCUUCAAAGUGCGUAAUUUAUUCCGGUAAUUGGAGGGAGUUUCCAUGCAAAUUGUGUCACAUUCCUGUAUUCAACAGCUAGAGUUAACAAAUUUAUUAAUUAAAUUCUCUGGUAAAUUUCAUCGGUGUGUUAUUGCUGAUGAUUUUUUUACGUUUUGGAAGGGGAGAGCGAAUAAAUAUUAUCAUAAAUUUA